UUUCAGACGUAAUAGCUUUUGGCACCUCAUAACCUCUACUUUACGAUCGGUUUUAUGAAAUACCCCCAUAAUUUUAUACGUGUGUGGCGGAUUCGAUACCAACCAACCAACCAAGAAUGGAUUAUUCACAACUGAAAGUUCCUCAGCUCAAAGAAGAACUCAAACGACGAGGUUUGAAAGCACACGGUUUAAAAGAUCAGUUGGUGCUACGUCUGAAAGAUGCAGAUAGCAUGUUCAAGCAGAACAACCUAAAUCCUGGUAUUGGUCAGCUGAUCCGGGCUGGUCCUAACACCCCAACCAGUUCAGAGCCUCCAUCCACCCCAGAGGAACUAGAAACUCUGAGAGAGAUGAGGAGACUGGAUAGAGAAGAAAGAGCCAAGAUUACCCUUUUGAAGAAACCACUUACCACUUUGCAGUACUUUUUCCUAGAAGUUUGUAUCAUAAUUGUGGGAUGGACAUACAGGUUAUGGGCCAACAGAAAAAAGGUUGCAGCUUUCAUCAUCUUUCUUAUAACAAUAGCUAUCUUGUAUCAUUUAGAGGGAUCACAUCAAGUAUAUGUGCAGUACUUAGAGACAAAGACAAUGUGGUGUUUGUAUUGGGUAGGACUUGGAGUUCUAUCAUCAGUAGGUCUAGGAACUGGUCUUCAUACGUUCCUUCUAUAUCUGGGUCCUCAUAUAGCCACAGUGACGUUAGCAGCAUUUGAAUGUCAAUCAGUAAACUUUCCUGAACCUCCCUAUCCUGACAAGAUUGUUUGUCCUGAAACAAGUGAAGGAAGUACAGCUAUUUCUAUGACAAUAUGGUCAGUUUUACAGAAGGUUAGACUUGAAGCAGUCAUGUGGGGUGCUGGUACUGCACUUGGAGAGUUGCCUCCAUAUUUUAUGGCCAAAGCAGCACGUCUUUCUGGUGUUGAACCCGACAAUGAAGAUUAUGAAGAGUUUGAAGAGAUUAUGGAACAUAGUCAAAAUACUCAACAAGACUUAAUGACCAGGAUGAAAUUAGGGGUUCAACGCUUAGUUCAAAGAGUUGGAUUCUUUGGUAUAUUAGCAUGUGCAUCAAUUCCUAAUCCAUUGUUUGAUCUUGCUGGUAUCACAUGUGGACAUUUUUUGGUACCAUUCUGGACUUUCUUUGGGGCAACACUCAUCGGAAAGGCUAUUAUUAAAAUGAGUAUUCAGACAAUUUUUAUCAUCAUCACAUUUAGUGAACAUCAUGUAGAAUUCGUUGUUGACUUGAUCGGGGGCAUACCCAUGAUCGGUCCCUUGAUCCAGCGACCAUUCCGUGACCUCUUAGCCAAACAAAAGUCCAAGUUACAUCGGGUACCAGGCAGUGCUGUUGAUAAGCAAGGUAAUCUGCUUGGAUUCCUGUUUGAAAAGCUGAUCAUUGCCAUGGUUCUAUACUUUGUUAUCUCCAUCAUUAAUUCCCUCGCUCAGCGAUACUUGAAACGGGUCCAGGAAAAGAACAGAGAAAAGAGCUCUUGAUGAUAAUGUAUCCUCAGCCUAGGUUUCAUUGGGAUUUUAUGCUAUAUUAUGCAUAAUAUUAUAAUUAUAAUUUUCUAUUCAUUUGCCGCUGUGUGGCUGACAGGUGAUGAAUCAACAAAUCUUUGGUAUCAACUUGCUAUUCAUUAUUGCUUGCUCAAUAAUGUUCCACUAAUACAAUACCUCAUAACAACAUCUCUAAGCACUUUACAAAAUAAUCCUGCUCAAUUUUCCAAAUGAUAAUUCAAAUACAGUGUCAUAUUCUCCUACUGUAUCCAAUGCACUCUUUAAAAUUAGAAAUUUCAAAUGCAAAUUUUCUUGCAUGCAUGCUACACAUUUUAAUAUUCUUGACUAAAAAAUAAAGAUGUUGGUUAUCUGUGUAAAUUGUAAUAGUGCUUGUCACUUUGUAGCAUAUUCAUACAAAUUCAUUCUGUCAGUCACUCAACAGAUAGAAGGGUAGUCAGAAAUUUCAUAUAUUUUUUUCAUUCCAUAUGCACUCAUCUAUAUUGGAUUGUGCGUAGAUUUCAGCUGACUCAGUUUUAAGACCAUAUCUGUCCAUUAGAGAUAUCGGUGCAGUGUUUCCAUUUUUGUUGCAAGUAAAUCUCCAAGAUGUCUGUGCUACAGAAAAUGGUUUUGCUCUUAAAAGGCACAACUUCCAGGAAAUUGACUUAAGACUUCUUCAAGUCACUUGUUAUCCAUUUCUGGGAGGUUACAGAGAUGAGAAAGCUCUUGAGGUUGCAGGAACAUCUCUAUGGCAUCAUUGAAACAAAAUAAUCUUUGCAACUGUUAAAGACACCACAGAGACAUUUUAGAAAAGAAGCGGUCCCUGUCUAAAAUAUUAAACAUGUUCAGAUAUAUUUCAACUGCUAGGAGACUGUAAUUUUCAAGAGACAUUGCGUAGAACUCUCUGCAAUAAGCAAAAUCUGUAGUCCUGAACGAAGCGCCAACUAAUACCAAACCCAUUGAGAUUAACCCGUAGAAAAGGUAAGAAUCUUUAUAAAGUAAUACAUGUAAUUGUAUUUUCAUAUUCAAAGGUAAGGGCCCCCAGGGUCAAGAGUUUACAUGAAUCUUUAAUCAUAAAUUUGAUACAAAUUCUAUUGAUUAAAGUUAUUUUCAUUUGUGUUAAUGAGACCCAUAUUUAAUUCAAGUUAUAUAAUUUGAGAUUUGAUAAGGGAGAGCCCAGAAUUGACACAAUUUUCUAAGAUUUUGAUGAGAUAUUAUCCAGAUUCUCAUUUGUUGUACUUUCUUAAUUUUUGUAAGGACACAUCUUAGAUUAGCAUGACAAUCUAUUGAGGUUUGAUUUGAUUUAAUUUGUGAUUGCAAGUCUUUAUGUUGGAGGGCCAAGAACACAUUGGAAUAUUUCUGUGGUUGUUUUUUUUUUAAUAAUUUGUGUUUUGAUAAAAGUUACUACUGAUAUUGCAUAUGCAUUUAAAUGUUUGUUGAGACCUUCUUUAGUUAAUAGUUUUGAAUAAGUGGGUACUAGUGUAAUCUUGGUAUAGCCAAGCUGAUAUUUCACUUUGUGAGGAAUGUAGAUCAGGCAUUAAAAAAGAAAUAGAAAACCCAAUAUUAUCACAUGUAAUGUGAAUACGCACACUUAUUCAGAAAGCUCUAAGAUGUGAGGGAAAAGAUUUAACAAAUUUGAAACUCAGUCAUGACUCUACUUGGAGUUUUCCUUAUCACUAUUUAUUCAGAAUACAGUGCAUGAUAUUGCAUUCAUUUUAAGACUUAUAGGGCCAAAUUGACAUAGGUGGUUUUGAAAAUAUGUGGUUAGAAAUUGGUGCUUAUUCAGAUUUGAUUCACUUAUUAUUCUUUAUUCAGUGCAUAUAUUGUGAAAGCAUCCAGUAAUGGAUGCACAUCAUUAUCAUAGCCCUUUUAAAGUUGAUGCUUGUUACUACUUUUAAUAGGUUCACUGUUUUGUAGAUAAAUUAACAUAAACAGUGGACUGAUUACUGUUGUAACCUUAUGAUGUGUUCAGUGUCAGUUUCCAAAUUUAAACGGAAACGUCGAUCAUGAUUGAAAACUCAAAUUAUGACACAUCAAACACAAACACGAUCAGCGGUGCACUGUUCAAUGUCGAAAAUAUAAAGCCGUUUAUAUGCUGAUUGUCUUUAAAUUUCCCACUUUCUUUAGUGCAGCUUUAGUGCGCAGUUUGACCUAUCACAAGAAAGAUCAGUUCUUGCACUUGUUUGUGUUCAAUGUCGCAUUUGUGAUGCUCAUGGUCAUAAAAUAUUGCCAGUAUUGGACACCUUCUGAAUAUACAUGCUGAAUUAAGCAUAAUCAAUGAAUGAAAUCUGUAUUAACCAUGGUUUCAAACCACACAUGCAAAACAUUUGUGAAUUCAGGGCAUUUCAGGUCAAAGAGUAAUGAUGCAAACCAACCAUAUCCCAAACCCUCCUUCUUUUGAUUUGAAUGACAAUACUUUAGGUAUUGUAAAAUAUUUACCUUGUUCUUAUUGAUUAAAAAUAAUAUGUAUGAAUGAAAGCAGGUUGAAUAAAAAUGACAAAGAAUAUUGUGACAUAUUACUUAAUGUACAUGUGGUAUAUUAAUGCACUGUCAUCGAAUGUAUGAUCCAUAUAGAAUAAUACAGGUAAUUUUUAAGUUGCAGAGGGCUGUUUUUUGAUAAGUUGUAUGUUUAGCAUACUUUUUGCAAAUUUAUAUCCCACCAAGUAGAUAGCAUCUUUCUCUCUAGUGCUUUCACUUUGGCAUUGCCAUAUUCAGCUUAAAUAAUUAUAAUCCCAUAUGGUAGUGCAUAAUCAUAUUUGUAAUGAAAUGUUGAUAAAUAUAACAUUUAAAAUCUUGUAGUUGGAAAUCAAGUUUUCACAAGAAAUAUUUAAGUUUUAUCCCAAAUAGCACAAAAUAUUGAGAAUCCCCAUUGACUUUGUACAGGUGGCGCUGCUUCCAGUAUUACCCCUGGUGCCCCAUCUUUAAAGACGUGUAACUCGAGCUCUGUGUCCUAAAGCAAUGAAACUUUCUUGGCAAACCUCUUUUGGUUCUGAUUUUUUUUUUAAGAAUAACUCUACAAAUUAACAAAAUAUAUAACAGCACCACCUUUUUUGGUGGGCAACCUCAUGACACAUGUAUUGACAUCACAAAAUAGUAACCUUUAUAAUAAUAUUUAUUACAAGAUAAAAGUGUGGUAUAUUGCAUAUAAUUAUAAAAGAACAAGUCAGAAAAAAAACUAAGAUAUAUAAUACAUGAGGUAAAUAAAAGGUAUGCUGUAAUGAAAAUACUCAAGGAGACUUCUCUAUCUACCCAGGUUUUUUUACAAUCUAGAACAAGAGCAAUACACCCAAGCUUAGAAAUCUACUAUGAUAGUGAGCUUUAUAAGAACAUUAUGUGAACAUUAUCAUUGAUCAAGAUAUUAAUGUAAUCAUGAAUUGCUAGUUUCAGUUGUAAUAAUCACCAGAAUUUACAAAUUUUUGUUUGUGAUACAUGUAAUACAUUUGACUAGAUUUGAAGUAAUCUCUUAAAAACUUGCAAUCCUUGUAUUAUUCUGUGGUCAGUGUCGAGUUAUUCAGUGUGUGAUAUUACCAAAUACUAUAUGUUAUAAGCAGGUUCUUAAUUCUAAUUCUCAUAAUUCUAAAACACAAAUCUAACAUAUAUAUUAUUCUUUUUUUGGUUUUACUGAUUUUAUUUAAAUCGGAUUCAUUGUGAAAGCUAGUUUGAUGCAAGCAUUCAAUAACAUUUGUGUACAAUUUUAUGAAGGAUAUGUGAUUUUUGUGUAAUAAGAAGGUCCCCCCAUCCCAUCAUAUAUGUUUGCCCAUUGAAGAUGAUACUUGUUUAAAAUACAAUAUCAAGCAUUUACCCUGAUGAUCCACGUUAAUUAAGAUACCGGUACUAGAAUAAAGUUAAACUUCAUAUUUGCUUUGGGAAAGAUUUGCCUCUUCCAUUUCAGUCCAUUGAAUUUUCUUGAUGAGACUUCUGAGUUGCAAACUUAUUAUUUGAAUUUAUUGGGUAAGUGUAUUUAUGUGAUACUGUACAGCUUUGGAUAGCUGUACUGAAAACCUAGAACUGUCACUGAAGGCCUCCAAAAUAAUUGAAUAUUUGAAGGGAAAUAAAAAAACAGCAAUGGUUUUCAAAUUCUACAGUGUAACCUUGUUUAUUCUGGCCACCUCCAGACCAUUGCCCACCACUGUAAAGCGCAGACUUGAUUAAGACACCAUUCAAAUAGAAAUUAAUAGUGCAGAGGGGUUUCUUAUUUAUGAAAGUCUAUUUCUUUGGGAUUAUUUGUACAAGAUGAAAAUAAAAUGAAAUAAAACUUAAAAAUUACUGAUGUGUUUAUUUUUGUUACUGGUAUAGAGGGAUAUUUGCUGGGAGACGAACAAUAUUGAGUCCAAAUUCGACUAACUUCUAUCAUUAUGAAAUAAAACAGUUAUAAAGUCUGAGGCACAAACCACCUUGGCGUCUUCUACUUUCCUCAUGACACCAUAGCCAAUCAAUGGAGAUGCUAAUCUCCUGAUUGCACCAAACCUGUUGUGACUUAUAUUUAUGUGAGUGCAAAGAAAGUUUUCAUUUGAAUACUGCAUUGAUUGUUUUUAUUUCUAUAAAUCCCUUUCUAGUCAAAUGUAGUCAUUAAUUUAUUUAAUUCUCAUUUUUUGAAGUAAAUGAUAACAAUCUGAAUGUAUCUUCUGAAUCAUCAAUGGAUUCCUUCUAAUGAAAUUAAUGAUAUGUAUUUCCCGUUUCAAGUGACUCAUCAACCUUCAUAUGGUACUGAUGUUAUGUAACAGCUUGAAACAGCAAUGCUCUACACUUCUUACACUUUGCUGGUUUUGCAAGAAGGGGAAUAUGUAGUGGAAAAUUGUUUGAUUACGCACAAAUUAUAUGCCAGAAACAUAUAUCACAAUUGAUUUUACAGAGAUAUAUUUCCCCUUUCCAACAAAGUGUAAAACUUGUUUCUUUUCUAGUUGGACACAAUGCCGUUAUGUUUGGAUGUAUUGUUAUGUACAUUGUGAUUUGUUAAGAAGUGUUAAAUGUGUUAUUCAGAAUCUUCCAACAUGGAUAUGCAGUAUGAAAUGUUUAAAAAGGCAUAUAUCUUUUUUUUUCUUUAAUUCAUGUACCAAAUCUGAAGUAGGGUACAUAUUUUUUUAAUGAUGUUUAUUUGCUUUGUAUGUUUUUGUUUGUAUAUUUUGGAAUGAAAUCACUGGAUGUUUUUAAGAAAUGCCUCUAGGUAGGAUGAAGAAAAACAGAAGUCUAUUAACCAUACCUCAUAGAGGCGUAUUUGUGAAACAAUUGAAAAUUGUUUGGGUUUUGCACUCAAUGU